CUUGCGGCCGACGGCCGGGGCGGUGCUGGGGGACCGCGUGUGGCGCCGUACCGGAAGCGGCCGUUGCUAGGGCCCGCCGUCGCUAAGGGCCCGAGCCGAGCGGCGGCGGCGGCUGGGCCUGGGCCUGGUGCGGGCCGGGCCGAGCCAUGGCCGCGGCGGGGCUGAGCGAGCGGGAGCAGGCCGGGUGCCGCCAGCUGCUCGAGCUGCUCGGCACCGAGGAGCUGCUGGCGCUGACGGACACCAUCACCAACCGCCUGGUCCACCCGGAGAGCCGCCAAGAAGCCAUUAGUGCCAUUUUGGUUUACAGCCAAAGUGUAGAAGAACUUUUGAAACGAAGAAAAGUCUAUCGAGAAACAAUUUUUAAGUAUUUGGCAGUACAGGGAAUUGCAGUGCCUCCUUCCUCUGAGAAACAUCAACUCAUUGCUUAUGUAAAGCAGUACUGGGAUGGGAAGCUCCCGUCAAACGGCUCAGAGUCAGGGGAGAGAAAAACACACGCAGAGAGUCAAGAAAAGAGGUCGAAGUCACCACAAGAUGAUGUUCAUCAUCUAGGAGAAGAAUUCUGCCAAUGGUUCUUUGAACUCCUGAAUUCUCAACAUCCUUUGGGAGUUAAAUCUGAAGAAAAAUGGGGACCACAGCAUUUCUGGGAGGAUGCCAAACUGAAGUUCUGUUACAACACGUUAGAAAAAAACAUGGAAGAAUAUGUUGGUGCAGAAAUGGUGAGCCUUCGUCUGCUCUCAUUAGUGAAAGAAGAAUAUAUUCUGUUCAACCCCAAUUUGAAUGCUAAUGGACUGAAAUGUGUCAUGUCUCGGCAUGGCUUAGUACUGGUAGCAGUGGCUGGUACAGUACAUAGAGGCAACGUUUGUUUGGGCAUCUUUGAACAAAUUUUUGGACUCAUUAGCUGUCCAAUCCAGGGGAAUACCUGGAAAAUAAAAAUUGUAAAUCUUAAAAUCGUUGGACAGAAUGCUCUGGAGCCUGGAGUGCAGAUUGAAAAACCCUCCAUAAAAUAUGAGUCAAACCAACUGCAGGAGCUGUAUGAUGGGAAAGAACUGGCUGUGUUUGAACCUCAUAAAUUCUGAGCAGCUCUUCCACAACUGAGGGACUGGUGGGAAGGGGGGGAAGUGAACAGCACUUGUUGUGCAUGGUUGAAUAUUGAAAUGAUUGCAGCCAUGCGAUGUUGUCUCUUUCUUGAGUCAGAUUUGCCAAAUGACAAACAGAGAUAAAGAGUCUGAAGUACUUAUACAGGUUCUGCUUUCGGGCACCUUUCCAACAGCCAACAAACUUUUCAAAACAUUACUUGAGAUUACUUUAGAUUACUACUCACUAAAGUUAGGAGUGAAAUUACUUUGGUUAUUCUUGCUUACGGAACAUGGGUUACAUUUGAAUAUGGGAAGGCUGUGGUGUAUAAUGAACUGGAUGACCUGGAGCUCACAAGCUGUAGGUUGCUUCUUCUCAGGAAACAAGUUUAAACUCCUCCUGAGUUGUAACAGAAAGUCAUUGCUGCUGGCUUUUUGAAAUUGGACCCGGUGAAUGUCUAAAUGGACUUCUGAAAGUCCUGAGAAAACCAUCUGCUCUUUUGGAAGUUUUUGAAGGGAACAGGCAAAAUAAUGUGAAUGAACAUUUCUGCCUUUUAUGUUCUGAAUGUGGUUUCUUCACUAACCAGUAGUAGUAAUUUAAUGGGACGAUGCAGGGAAGUUAGCAUUGUUUAAUUCUGUUCUGUUUAGGUUAAUAGCUUUCCUUUCUCGUACUUUACAAUUCCAACUUGGAGAUGGUUUUCUAGGAAUCCAUUUCUAGCACUGACUCUCUUGGAUCAAAUAGUUGAUUCCGUGACUUAAAACAACACUGUCUGAACCAAAUGCUGUGAUAAUUAUUUUGUAUAUGCAUAUAACAGAGAUUCUAAUAUAAUAAUAGUGAUUUUUGUAUAUUUUCUCAAAAUAGGAGCUUUGUCUACUCCUGGAUGCUUUAUUACCUUGACUAGAAGUCAGUCUGUUAACAGUGGGAAUUUACAACAAGAGGUGAUAUAAAAUAAAUAAAUAAUCCAGAUACCACUUCCUAGCAUUAAUAAUUAGCAUUGUGGAACUUCACUGCUUUUUACAGGUUGUUUUUUUUUAUUUAUUAUUAUUAUAAGUUAUUACUGUUGAAACCAGAUAAAACAUCCUUCUCUAACAUUUCGCUUGGAUUGUUUGGGAAUUUUGUUUUAAUUUUGUAGCUUCACCUGUACAAGUAGUGAAAAGGGAAAUGUUCCCCAUAACAUGGGAAGAGUUCUUUGUUUUUUUCUGACAAACACAUCAAGACAAAUGGUAAAAUUCUUUGUGGAUGAGGAGGGAAACAAAAAGGUUCAGGUACGUGAUAUACCAAGAAGUACCCCAAACUGAUUUUUACAAACAGUCUGAUUCUAAAACUCUCUUCAGCAAACACACAAACAAAAACUAAAAUGAUUUCUAAGCAAAGGUUCAAAUACUCUGUUGGAAUGUGCAUUCUCUAAAUACGGUUGUGGUAUGACUUCUUUAGCUACUAAUUAAUAAUAAAUAAACAACAACCUACAUUUAAAAUAUCAGAAGAAGCAGUUGCCUCGUGUGUUAAGAAUUACAUUCCUUUUAAGAUGAGGACAGAAGCCUGCCUAAGGGCUUAACUGGGCACUUUUUCAACAUUUAGCAUGCAGAUCUGUGAUUAAACAACGUUUUGCCUUUUGCAGAAGUGCCAUUUGUAACUGGCACUGUAACCACUACUCAAUGUAGUUGCAUUAAAUAUGAACACAAUUAAGGGUGUAGUAUUCAUUGUUCCUGCAAGCUGAUGUGGUGUGAACUGUCCCCUUCCUCUGUUCAGCUGUGUCCUUGCAUCCUUGUAUCAGCAUUAACGACAGUGCUAACUGAACAAGAGGGAGUGGGGACUGAUCCCAGGGAACACUAACAUCCUCAGAAACUCUUCCAGCUGAUCAGCUCCGUAACAAGGCUGGCCACGUGAGUGCUAGUGCCAGCACAAGGAACAGAGAUGA